GACAGCGUCCAAUAUCUAAACCGGCUUGUGUGGUCUAAAUGCGCAGAGGCAGAAUGCUGAGGAACUGGGGUGUCAUCGGGGGGAUUGCCGCCGCCCUGGCAGCGAGUAUCUACGUGUUGUGGGGGCCGAUUACCGAUAGGAAGAAGCGCCGGAGAGGGCUGGUCCCCGGCCUCCUCAACCUGGGCAACACCUGCUUCAUGAACUCCCUGCUGCAGGGGCUGUCCGCCUGCCCCUCCUUCGUCCGCUGGCUCGGGGACUUCACCACUCGCUACCGUCUGGACGCUUCCCUGGAGGAACGCAGCCCCUACCUCUCCGUCACCCUCCACCGAUUACUCCGAGCAGUAUUAUCCGGCACCGGCGAGACGUCGGAGGACGUGGUGGAUGCGGGGAGCCUCCUGGAGGUGUUGCGGAUGUACAAGUGGCAAAUGUCGUCCUUCGAAGAGCAGGAUGCCCACGAGCUGUUCCACGUGCUCACCUCGGCCCUGGAGGAUGAGCGGGACCGCCAGCCACAAGUCGCCCACCUGUUCGAUGUUCACUCUCUGGAGACCCCACCAGCAUCAGAGGGCAGCCAGCCCAGCUGCAGGAGCCGGGGUCCUCUGCUGCUGCCACCGAGCCCGUGGAAAUCCCAGCACCCUUUCCAUGGUCGGCUAACCAGUAACAUGGUGUGUAAACAGUGUGAACAGCAGAGUCCUGUCCGAUACGACACGUUCGACAGCCUCUCCCUCACCAUUCCCGCGGUGACCUGGGGUCGACCCGUGACGCUGGAUCUUUGUCUACAACACUUCAUCUCUACAGAGUCCAUCAAGGACGUGACGUGUGAGAACUGCAGCAAGGUCGAGGGGAAGCAGAGUGGUUGGAUUCCAGGAAGCCAUCGGACAACCUUCAUCAAACAGCUGAAGAUCGGCAAGCUCCCGCAGUGCCUGUGCAUCCACCUGCAACGACUGUCCUGGUCCAGCCAGGGGAGCCCUCUGAAGCGCAACGAGCACGUGCAGUUCAGCGAGUUCCUCUCGCUCGACGCCUACAAGUACCGCGGGCCGGCGUGGCGGCGGCACGGGCAGCGGCGGCUGAGCCGAGCGGCCAGCACCGGCAGUCUGCCGUGUAUGCUGGAGGCAGCCCUGCUGAGCAAACCAGGGUCAACUCUACCCAGCCUUGCUAAAAUGCCCAUGGCAAAUGGAGCAUGUUCAUCAUCCCUGCUGUCAUCUUUAACCACUACACCGUCCAUUGGCACUGCAAGUUACUCGUCGCCGGUGUACUCGUUCCGCCUGAUGUCGGUGGUGGUCCACCACGGGGACGUCCACUCGGGUCACUUUGUCACCUACCGCCGCUCGCCCUCCACCUCCAAGAACCCGCUGGCGCUGAGCAGCCAGUGGACCUGGAUCUCGGACGACACCGUGCGCAGGGCCAGCCUGCAGGAGGUGCAAGCCUCCAACGCCUACCUCCUCUUCUACGAGCGGGUCCCGCCUCUGGCCCGGCACGCCAGCCGCGAGCUCGUACUGGGCAAGUAAGUGUGCGGCGAGUCGCACGGCGGAGGGACUUUGCCAGCUUCACCGUUGAAAGGGAGGUGAACUUCUGAAGAGAUGGGACCUGAUUAUUGCCGAGCUGGUGGUGGCGUCUGCUUCAGUAUCUGCAGUGAACCAAAGCGCGUAAAUCAAACGGCUCCAGAAUGUUGUAUAUAUGUGGACUUUGACUGUUUGAACUAGCUGAGAGCUCUCUUGACAUCAUAUUAGCACAGUGGAAGAGCUGCUGACUCACAGCUCCAGAGACCUCGGUUCGAUCCUGACCUUGGGCGCUGUGUGUGUGUGUGUGUGUGGACUUUGCACGUUGCUGCGUGGGUUGCCACCUGGUGAAUAUUAUUGGGGCGGGACAGUGGCACAGCGGGUAGAGUUGCUGCCUUACAGCGCCCGAGACCCGGGGUACCAUCCUGACCUCGGUGCUGUCUGUACGGAGUUUGCACGUUCUCCCUGUGACCGCGUGGGUUUUCUCUGGUGGCUCCGGUUUCCUCCCGCGUCCCAAAGACGUGCGGGUCUACGGGUUAAUUGGCCCUCUGCAAAUCGGGAGUGGACGUGAAAAUGGGAUAACACAGGACUGGCGCGAACGGUGGUCGGCAUGGACUCGUUGGGCCGAAGGGCCUGUUUCCAUGCUGUACAUUCCAACCAAUCAAAGAAAUUGGCAUGCCCUGUGGAGUCUUUUGGGUUGGGACAUGGUGUGUAUGGUGAUCGCUGGUCAGAGCAGACGGACUCGAUGGGCCGAAGGGCCCGUUUCUGCUCCGUAUCUCCAAAGUGAAUCGGGGGUGAGCAACAGGAAGGGUCUGAUCCAGGAGAAGUGUGAAGGGAACGGGAAAAGGCCGAUCGCCAGGCCACGUAAUUCGGACCCGCCUGCACCUUGUGGAGCGGACACCCACCAAUGUUGACCCUUGCCUUCGCCCUUGGUGCACCCAUCAAUCUCCACAAGGUUCGCCUGUGUCUGUGUUCACUGUACAUGAGAAUGGGGGAAGGGGGGAAAUGAAAACGUUUAUACACGUUUGAUUUUUUUAAUACCUUUGUGAGAAAAUAAUGUGAAGUUCUGAUUGUGUAAAUGAGAAACUUCAGAAACGAAAGCAACUUUUGCACUAACCCAAUGUACGCACAUAUAUCUGACACGAUGAAAGUGCUUUACAAGUGUUUUAAUGAAUUUGUUAAGCGGAAAUGUAAUAAAACGUUCAUGAGCGUCAAAUCUGGA